AUGAGUGAAAAAGAAUACUCACUUGCAAAUCACAGUGACGUUACUUACUUUAUUUUCCGGGGCUUCCCAGGCACAUUUGCAAUACAAUUACUUUACUUUUUCAUCUUUUUGUUAAUCUACAUAUUGACUGUUACAACUAACUUUCUUAUCAUUAUCAUGGUUUGUCUUGACUCUCACCUACACAUUCCAAUGUAUUUUUUCCUCAGUAAUUUUGCUGUUCUGGACACCUGGUGUUCAACUGCUGUUAUUCCCAACACAUUAAAUUACCUAAUCACGCAGAACAAGCUAAUUUCCCGCAAGGGCUGUUUGGCGCAGCUCUGUUUUGUCUUCUCAGUAGGACCUACUGAGUUUUUUCUUCUCACGGUCAUGGCCUAUGACCGAUAUGCAGCUAUCUGCUAUCCCCUGCGUUAUGUGACUAUAAUGAAUGAAAGAAUAUGCAAGUAUCUUGCUGUUGGAUCUUGGCUGAGCGGUUUCUUUACUGGCUGGACAUUAACAAUUCCAACUGCCAUGUUAAAGUUUUGUGGACCCAACCAUAUCAAUCAUUUUUUCUGUGAUUUUGUUCCACUGGUAAAACUGUCCUGUUCCGAUACUUCAUUGAGUGAGAUAGUUUUUUUCUCAUUUGCAUGGGUGGUUAUACUUAGCUCCUUAAUUGUUACUACAGUCUCUUAUUCUUAUAUAAUUAAAACCAUUCUAAGAAUUCCAUCCAGUCUUGGCCGCCAAAAAGCCUUCUCCACCUGUGCCGCCCAUUUAACAGUUGUUUUAAUAUUUUAUGGAACUUGCGUCUUUUUGUAUGUACGGCCAAAAGCCAACUAUUUCUCAGACAAGGAUAAAAUAUUAUCUCUGUUUUAUACAGUUAUAACUCCAUUCCUGAAUCCUCUAAUAUACAGCCUUAGAAACAAAGAGUUCAAAGUGGCUUUUAUGAAGAUUCAUCAAAGAGUUUGUAAUUCCUUUAUCAGAUUUUAG